AGGGGGGACCAACUCUAUAUUAAUGCCCAUGAUUUUGGAAUGAGAUGUUCGACGAACAGGUGUCCACACACAGGGUAUUUGCAUAUGUCAUACACUAACAAAAUAACCAGAAAUUGAAAGAAAUGGUCAUUCCUGGGUCAACUCAUGAGUUGAUCAUGUGGUACGAAUUCGACCAGUUACACCACUUCUUAACAGACAGUGAUGGGGGAUUCAAUUAAUUUGGAUGUUUUGGAUGUUAAUUCCACUUUGAAAUCAAACUCUGAGCACAUAGUCAAUCACUCAGUAAUCGCUGCUGAAUGGGUAUGUGUGAUGUCUCUGAGCUCCAUGGUUGUGAGGUUUUAAACAUCUCUGUGCUUCUCUCUAAGACGACCACUUCCUCGUUUCUCCGUCCUCCUCAGCCUGAACAGUGGUAUGGUUCCUGGUUAGCUAGCUGUGGCACUGAUCACUAACUCUAAAGUUCCACUCCACUCUGUCCGUCUCUCUCUGUCAGUCACGUCCAGGGUCUUCAUGGCGACUCUCCUGUCCUGGGAUUUGGUUUCUGUGGUCAUCACGCUGUUCCUUGUCUACACAAAGUCAGCGACAAACAUUAAAACAAAUAAAUCAGCUUCUUUGGGAGAAGAUGUUUAUUUGGUGUGCAAUGAAUCCAUGACGAACACAACUAAUCAAGUCAUCUGGAGAAAGGACACUGUUCUUAUUCUCUCUCAUUCCAAGGGGAAAAUAACUCACAGAAACUUCACCUCAGGCAGGAUGCGUGCUGACUCUCUUACUCCUACAGAGCUUAUUAUAUCUAUUGUAGAGCUAACUGACACCGGGACCUACAACUGUACUGUCACAGAUCAAAGAGGUGUUAAGACAAUGGAGUGGAAUUUGACUAUCACAGAUAACCUCAUAGAUAAUGCUGAACAUGGCCUACAGAUGUUGUUGGUCUUCACAAUUCCAUCUGCUAUUGGAGGAGUGGCUCUGUGCAUUGGUAUCUGCUGUAUGGUCUGGCUGUGUAGGAAAAUAAAAAAGGAACAGACAAGUCAUUGUGAAAGGCGAGGAGAGGAGAGCAAUGCCCCAUCUCAAGGUCACACUGUCCGAAGAGCACAACGCCAGCGGAGUCAGUACUUCGAAAGAUUCAACUCAGUCUACGGACAUUACUGAACACAUCAGAAGUUGAAUCAAUAACAAAUCAAUCCCCUCCCGUUUUGGUAAAAAUCUGAGGGAUGGGACUGGAGAAAUGUAACCACUCUCAAAUUCCUGGACAGAGCUAUGGAUGCAAGAACUGAUUAUAUAACAAUUAUAGUUUUUGCCAUGUUUUGAGGCACCAUGUUUGUUUACAUUUAGUUUGUUUGUAAACAUUGGAGUAAAACAUGCUUAUAUAUUGGGUUCUGACAGGGUAAAACAGCUGAACUAAGUUCAUGAGGCAUUUAUAAGUUAUAUUCUUCAAGAAUCAAUGGGUACAUAUCACAAAUUUAUAAAUUGACAAAGCUACUUCAGAUUUUCCUUAUAAAGUGAAUUCACCUAUACCUCAUAAAGACCUUACUUCAUGUAAAUUAAUUAGGAAUGUGUGUAAACCUACUCUCUCCUCUGGCUAUGGAAUUACACUCAAAUGUACAGUAAGUGUCACGGCCGAUGAAAGUGGACCAAGGUGCAGCGUGGUGAGCAUUCAUUUUCCUUUUUAUUUAAAAUGUUGCCAACAAAACAACAAACGAAAGCCACAACCAUGCCGCUUACAGGGCUUUAGUGCCACAAACAAAGUUAACUACCCACACUGAAGGAGGGAAAAAGGGCUACCUAAGUAUGA